CCUCUGCAAUCCCCAGACUUCUCCGGCUCGUUUCUCUUCAUCUUCAACCUUCUCCCUGCUUUACACUUUGGUGCCAAAACUAGAUUCUGCCACAAACUUACCAUCAUCCGGUUCGCCACCACUAAUGACAUCAACCACCCUCUUUCCUUGAUUGUAUCGAUCAACUUGACGCACACUUAAAACCCACCUCAUUGUCAAUCAUCCUCCCCCGCUCAACUCACUUUUUCUUCCAUUUUCUGCUAUUAGCCAAAUGGCCGUGAAAACAAUCGAUAUUACCGCUCCCGCUUCUCUCUCCAAAAACCCCAACAUGAAUAAACGCUGGCCUCCUCUCGCCGAUAAAACCUCUCUCCCCUUCAAGCUCACGGCGCUCUCGCGUCAGAAACUCGCCCGUGAAGCCACCGCCGCUGACCCUGAUAUCCGGCGAUGUCUCGGCCACUUCCGUCUCCAUUGUACCUCGAUGGAGUGGGCCCAGAAGGACAUGACCAGUCGCAUCAACUCGUUUGAUCUCGAGGAUGACACCGAGUCAGAGGACGAAGAGGAAGAAACAAAGAACGAAAGACAGGCCAAGUUGAACGUGUUCGUUCAGCAGAAGAGCAAGGAGGAAAAGAAGGAAUCUUCCACUUCUACAAAAACUGAGACCACCAACACUACUACUCCUGCUGAGCCUGAGCCUCGGCAACAACAACAACAACAACAAGAAGAAAAACAAGAACAAAAUAACUCCAUGGCAAAAGAGCCUACCUCGACCGAGACGGAAAUUCACGUCCAAUUCGAGGUCCCCGCUCGUCCUCCCUCUCCCAAUUCGGCUGAGAAGGACAAGGAAAACGGCCUGCUUGAAAAGGGUCGUAGCUGCCUGGAAAAGACGGUUCAGAGGAAACACUUCUGGCCAUCGCCGGGUCAGUGUUUGCCUGUUCGCAUCUCUGGUUAGAUGCUCGCCUCACUUUCACCUCACUCCAUCUUCUCUUCUCCGACUUGUAUUUUUCAAACAACUUCUCUCAACCUCGACAGGAUAAGAACAUCCUCAAAACAUCAAAAGCAUCCUAAUUCGAUAAUAAUGACGCUACGACGAUACGAUUUCUUUUUGCGGUUACGACGGACAGGUUAUUG